AAGUGUAAAAUGUGCACAGACCGGUUGCGCUGCUAGAAGUGUAGAAAACUAGCUAAAUUGUGUUGAUAUAUUCGUUCUUUUGAUAAAUCUUUCCUACACAAAAUGGUCAAGUCAAUAGUUUUAACUCCAAAGGCGUCCAAGAAAGAGUUGAGCCUGGAAGCUUGUCUGAAUCGGUUCCGCAAGCACACCAAGCGACCAGAGGUUUUCCUAAAAUUACAAACGCAACUAUCAAACGAUCUUAAGUCACUGCUCAAAACGGUGUACGAUCAUGGGACAAAAACAGGAUUCAACAAAAGCAACGAUGCACCAUACCUGGACGAGUUGGUCACCGAGCAGAUGGACGAGGAACAGAUCUGGCAACAGCUUGAGCUCAAGAACGAGUACUUCGUCGACCAGGACCUGAAGAAAACUUCGGAAAUUCUGUCGAAAAAGGAAAAGGCCCUGCAGCUUAACUUCAGCACCGAAACUAAAUCCGACUAUGGCUCGGAUGAGGAUCGGUCUGCAGAUGAGGAAGAAGAUUCGGCAGGUGAAAAUGGAAUCGAACAGGAGUCAGGAAAAAAGAAAAUGAAUGGAGUAUCAUCGAAGAAAACGAAAAAGGUGGAAAAGUCGAAAAAGUCGAAAAAGGGAAAAAAGGAGAAAAAGUCAAAAGCUAAGGGUUCGAUCGUUGAUGAUCGGUUCUUCAGGCUGGAUGAUAUGGCCAAGUUUUUGGAUGAAGAAGAUGAACGCGAACGGCGUCGACAACAUGGAUUGGGCGAAAAGAAUCCACUGAUCGAGAUCGACUAUUUCGACGAGCAUGCGGCUGAAGAUGAUGAUGAUGAAGAUGCGGCUGCAAUGAAAUAUUCGGACUUUUUCGAUGAUGACGAUGAUGAAGAGGACGACGAAGACGACGAGGAUGGUGAGAACGAAGAAGAAGAAGAUGAUUAUGGCAGCGAAGGUAUCGAAGACGAAGAGGACGAUGAAGCGAGUGAAGCAGGAAUGAAUCAGGAAGAUGAUGAAGAAGAAAGUGAUAUGGAGCAAGAUGAAGAUACUACCGAAAAUGUCGCUGAAGAGGAAGAACUAUCCGAUGAGGCGGCGGUAGAGCGCAACCGAAAACUGCGUUAUGACAUCUACAAAAGCCAAGGGGGUAUACCGUUGGAAGAGAAAGAAAAACCCAAGAAGGUUACGUUUGAACAACCGGAAUCAAGUGACAGUGAGGACGAUAAAGCCGAUAAAUCAAACGGACCAAAAUCCUCGUUCGAGCUUCGCCAGGAAAAAUUGGAUGAAAAAAUUUCCAAAAUGGAACAGAAACUGCUGAAGGAAAAGCCUUGGCAGUUGAAGGGUGAAAUUUCUGCCGAAACUCGCCCUCAAAACUCCCUGCUCGAGGAGAUACUGCAGUUUGAAAACACGUCGCGCCCGGUGCCCAUCAUCUCCGAGGAGACGACCAUGAAGUUGGAGGAUAUCAUAAAGCAGCGGAUAAAAAAUAAGGCGUUUGAUGAUGUGGAGCGCAAAGUGCGACCACCGGAUAACCCGCGCGAGUACCGCAAGCAGUUGGUGUUGGAUGGAGAGAAGAGCAAGGAAUCGCUUGCGCAAGUGUACGAGCAGGACUAUCUGAAGCAGUUGGAACAGGCAAACCCGGAUGCAGCCGAUCAACCAGAAGAAGAACCGAAGGAGCAUAAGGAGAUUCGGAGGAUGAUGAAAACACUUUUGGCACAGCUCGAUGCCCUGUCCAACUUCCACUACACGCCACGACCGGCCGUACCGGAGCUAAAGAUUCUAACUAACACACCAGCUAUCAGCAUGGAAGAAGUGGCACCGGUGGCGGCGAGCGAUGCCACCCUGUUGGCACCCGAAGAGGUCCACAGGCGUCCGAAAGGUGAUGUCAUGUCGAAGGAAGAACGUACCAAGACGAAACAAAAUCGCGAACGGCGGUUGAAAAAACGUUUCCAGAAGGAAAAGUUCCGGCGCGAGGCCGAGCAGGAACAAAAGCAGCUGGCAAAGGCCGACAGCAGCAGCUCGAAGCAAAACCGUACCCUACAGACGUCGCUGCUGAAAAAGGUGACGCAAGCGAAGAACGUACAACAGAUGACGGAGACCACGGGUCCAGCGAAAACUUCCACUGCUUUCUUCUCCCAGCUGCAGGAUGAAGUACGCACGCAUGUGAAAGAGAAAGCGCAGGGUAACGAUAAAAAGAAGAAACAAAAGGCAGACAAUUUGCAAGCUGCCAGCUUGAAACUAUAAUGGAGAUACUUUAAAUGCAGGAAACAAAAAUACAAGUUUGGAAAGUACGAACAUUGUAGCGGUUAUCAUUGAUGAU